AGAUCUCUACACAGUCCCUUCUCUCAUCUCUUCGCAAUUCAGAAUUUGUUGAUUUCACCAACUAUGGCGGCGAUCGCAGUUCGCCAUUUCGCUCAGAGCAUAACUUGCCAUGCCUGGAGUCCCGAUCACUCAAUGAUUGCAUUUUGCCCAAAUAAUAAUGAAGUUCAUAUCUACAAAUUGAUGCAAGAAAAGUGGGAGAAAAUGCAUGUUCUUCAAAAGCAUGACCAAAUUGUUUCUGGCAUAGACUGGAGUGCUAAGUCAAACCAAAUUGUCACUGUAUCUCAUGACCGGAAUUCAUAUGUGUGGAACCAUGAAGGGGCAGAAUGGGUACCAAUGCUUGUCAUCCUUAGGCUUAAUCGAGCUGCACUUUGUGUUCAGUGGAGCCCAAACGAAAACAAAUUUGCUGUUGGAAGCGGUGCUAAAACUGUGUGCAUAUGCUAUUAUGAGCAAGAGAAUAACUGGUGGGUCAGCAAACUUAUCAGGAAAAAACAUGAUUCCUCUGUGACAAGUGUUGCUUGGCAUCCCAAUAAUAUUUUUCUUGCAACAACAUCUACAGAUGGAAAAUGCCGAGUUUUUUCUACCUUUAUCAAAGGUGUUGAUAAAAGGGAAUCAAAAGCAGGCACAUCAGAUUCAAAGUUUGGCGAGCAAAUUAUUCAGCUUGAUCUCUCAUUUUCCUGGGCAUUUGGUGUGAAGUGGUCACCAAGUGGCAAUACCUUGGCUUAUGUAGGUCAUAAUUCUAUGAUUUACUUUGUUGAUGAUGUUGGUCCAUCUCCUUUGGCCCAAAAUGUUGCAUUCCGUAAUCUGCCUCUUCGUGAUGUCAUAUUUGUUUCUGAGAAAAUGGUAGUAGGUGUCGGAUUUGACUGCAACCCAAUGAUUUUUGCAGCAGAUGAAACAGGAAUAUGGAGCUUCAUCAGAUUCCUAGGUGAAAGGAAAAUAUCAUCUUCUCCUUCAAAACAUGGUUCACAGGGGGGCACUGGGACAGAAUUCCUCAGCAGGUUAGCAGAUACAGGAACUUUUAAAUUUUUUAUUUGGGAUCACUUCUGAUUCCUGAUUUCUGUUUUCUGUUUCUUUUUCAGAAAAACGAAAAUGAGAAAGAAAACUUGUUUGGUUAGAGUUAUUAGCUUCCUUAAAAGUGAAUUCCUAGAACAGGGUCCCAUUAGUUUUGAAAACCAAAAAAUCUUCAGAUUUUUUGUUUUUGGUUUUCAGAUUUCAGAUUUCUGUUUUUGAAUUUUUGAAAGUGAUCCAAACAACCAGUAAUCUCACUGUACAAUUCUAUCAAUGGAAGUAGGAAACUAACCUUUAUUUUUGUCAAAUAAUUUAAUUUUUGUUCAACAGUUUAUUUGAAAAUUUUUCUUGAUUAUCUUGAAAGACAUCAACAGAACAAAUAACUUAGUUUGUAUAUCCUGUUGCCUUGUAUGGACUGUUACUCUAUCUUUGCACACACUGAAGGGGAGGUAUCAUCUAGUGAUACUCUAUUAUUUCUUUACUGACAGUUCAUUGUGCAUAAAGUUGAAUGAUUCAUAGAAUGCUUUCACAAGUUUUUCAACUCCAAUUAUGGAUUGCAUGUAUUUCAACAGAUGUGAAUAUUUGAUCAUUGUCAAAAUAUAUCAGGAAUUAAAUAUCUAUUAGGGCCCUACUUAUGGAUUGCCUUUCCAUUUUGUCAUGGUUUUUCAGUUCUCUGAAGCAUUUGGCAAACUAUAUGGUCAAUCAAAGUAUGGACUGAGCAACGAUACAGUUGAACCUUCAAGGGCAGAUGGAGUGAUUCAUGAGAAUUGUAUAAAGUAUCUCUCUACUACUCUUCUCCCAUCCAUCUACUGUUACUACUAAACAGCUACUGAUUUCCUCUUAAUUUCUUUGAUUACCCUUUAUGCCCCAUUCCGGAUAAUUCUUUCUGUCUAAUCCUUACUUCACCAAAUGAAGUGAAGAAUCAAGAUGA